AUGAAUUUCAUGGAUGAUCCAAUGGAAAUUGAAUAAAGUGAAAUGAAAGUUUAAGAAGUUCCUUAAUAGAACAGAUUUCUUCAUUCUAAACGAAUGAUUAUAGUUGAUGAGAAAUGUUAAGCAAUAGUUCCAGAUAAACCAGAAAAAACUUUAGAAAAUUUUAAAAAGCAUGUAAAAAUAGUUAAUUAUGAAUAGAAACAAAGUCUAAUUUUUUAAACUGAAUAAAUUUAAAGUCUAUCCACAAUUGAUGAUUAUCUGCUAUUUGCAUCAUCUUUAAUCUUGAACUAAGUAGAUGAUAACACAAAUGAAGAUAUUAAAAAGAAGAAUAAGGGUUUUAGUGGUGAUGGCUUAAUUUUAAGUGGAUUAUCCAUAACUUAAGAAUAGGUUAAUGAAAAAGCAUUGAUGUUUUUAAAAAUGAUGGAUUAUAAUAUAAUCAAAGCAAAAUUUUACUUGUUAUUUCCAAGCUUAAUAAUUUAUAAUCAAUUCAAACAUAGGCAUGCUUUAAAAUUUACAGAUGAAUAUAUGAAUGAAAAAAUUGAAUAAUAUAUGAGUAAAUUAAAUGAAGAUAAAAUGAUGUAAUAAAAUAAAUGGAAGCAGGAUAUUAUGGAACUCAUAAAUAGUAAAUAAAAGGUUCAUUUAGCUUAAUUAUAAACAUUAUUAGAACAAGGAUCAUAAUUAAAAUAUGAAAUACCUGAAUCAAUAAAAUAAAUACAUUAAUCUUCAAUAUAAAUACAAAAAUAAUUAAAUAAAUUAUUCAAGGAAAAAUAAACUAUAGAAAAAUUACGCUAAAGUUUAGAAAAAUAUGAAGAAUAACUUCCAAUUAUUACACCUGAAAUAUAAUAAUUAAGAGAUCAAGUCUAAAAAUCUGAAUCUUUUUUUUUAAAAUUAUCUAAACUUCCAAUACCAAUUGAUGAUAAUGAGAAUUUUGAAUAGGUUUAUGAUACAUUGAUAUCCAAUUAAUUUGAAUAAAAAAUUUAACUCAAAGUACUUGCUAAUUUUAAUUAAGAAUAUAAGUAGUUAUCUAUAGAAAUAAAAGCAUUUGAACAAUUACACAAACGAUUAUAUGAAUAUGUUUUAGAUUUGGUUGAAAAAAUUACAAAAUUUACUAAAUCAUAACAAACAAAAACAAGAUUAGGUUAAUAGAAUUCUAUUUAAGGGGAAAAAAUUGAAAAAAUGACAUUAACUUAAGCUGGAAAAUUUAAUCAAAUAAUACUCAAUUUAAUUGUAACUUGCGAUGAUUUUGAUUAUUUUAAUGAACUUUAUUAAUAGGCAUUAGAAUUAAAUGAAAGAGCACGAUCAUAAAUUGAUGAUCCUGAAAUGUAAUAAAGGUUGUUAAAUGAAGUGUUAGAUUGUCCAUUUUAUUUAGAUGUACAAGAAAAAUUAUAGAGUAUUAUAGAUUAUUCAUAAAUUUUGGAUUAAAUAAAAUAAAAUAUGUAAAAUAGUUAACAUUAAGAAGCUAAUGAUUAAAUACAGAUGCUUCUCAAUCGUGGAAUAAUAAAUGAUGAUCUUAAAUAUCUAUAGAAUAUAAAUCAUUAAGUCUUAGAAUGGGAUUAAUUAGCGGAUGAAAUUAUAAAUUAUCAAGAAAAUGUAACUGUGAUUGAUGUUUAUGAUGAAAAUUUUGAAUUGCAAUAAUAUCCUAAUACUUUAUUUUAACCAUCUUAAGAUGUAAUUAGAUAAUUAAAUCCAUAAAAAGUUUAAGAAAUUACAAAAAUAGCAGAGAGAAUUUAAAUUUGGAAAGAUUAAUUAAUUUCAUUAAUUGAUUGUAAAUAAGUACAAAUUCAAUAAGCAAAUAAUAGAAAAAGUCAUUAAAACAAAUCUUUUAAUAAAUUAUGGGAAUUAUUUAAAGAAGGUUUAAAAUAUAAACAAGAAUUAUCUUUAAUGGUUAAAGUCAGAUAAAUUAUAGUUUAAAUUUUAGAUUGGCAUGCAUAAGUCUUAAUCAUAAAAUAAACAUUAAAAGUUAAUGAUGACACAUCAUUAUAAAUUGAUGGCAUUGAAACAAUUAGAAAAAUGUAUAUAUAAAGACAUGGUUCAUAAUAAACUCAAGAUUAAAUUGAUAAAUUAUAAAAAUUUUAAUCUCCAUUUUUAAGUGGCAAUAAAGAUUUAUAAAUAAUAUAAGCAUUAACUUAACAUAUUGAUAAAUGGAAUAAAAAUGCUAAAGAAGCUAUUUAAACUUAAAAUUAUGAACUUAUUAAGAAUCUAUUAGAAGAAGCAUCAAAAUUACCAGUUGAAGAAUAACUAGUUAAAGAAUUAUCAAAUAUGCAUGCAUCCUCUUUAAAAGUUAGUUGGAUUAAAUCAAUUAUUCAAUGUCAAGAUUCUCUAUUUGAACCUAUAAUAAAAUCUUUAUAAAAUGAUGAAUCAAUAAAAUAAUUGAAAGAAGAAAUGCUUUAAAUAUAUGCAUAGAAUCCUUAAAAUAGAAAAAAAAAAGAAGGAACAAAAUUGUCUAAGCUUGCAUAAAACUUUUUUUAAAAUUUUUAAAAUACAAUAAAGUAUUAUUUAACCUAAUUAGCUAAAUUAGAUGAGAACAAAUUAAAAAAACUUUAACCAAUUAAAAUUUAAAAACUUAAAGAUUAUUAAAGGGAUGUUUAAUAAGAAGAAAUAUCUUUAUAAGUUGAUGAAUGGACUGAAUAAUUUUAGUCUUGGUAAUAUUAGGUUAUUAAUUUAAAUGAUUAAUAAUAACCAAAAAAAAAAAAAAAAUUUAAGGAUUCAGAAUCUUAGAUAGAUAACUAUUAUUUAACUGGAGAUUUACUUUAUUAUUUUAAAGUUCCGGAACUUCUUUGUCUUGUCUUGCAAGGAAUUGAGAAAAAUUAUAUUAGUUAGGAAUUGAUUAGUUCAAUAGAAAAAUUAAUUACAAUUAAUAAUUAAGCUGAUAUAGCAUUAUAAGUAUCAAAUGUUAAGGAUGUACAUUAUUAUUCUGAAGUUUUUAUGCCUGAAUUUUAUGUAAGGGCUAAGAAAUUUAGGGUUAUAAACAAUUGGAAAUAAAUGGCUUAAGACAUGAUUAAUGACAUACCCAGAUUAAAAAAUUUAAUAAUGGUAUAAAAACUAAAACCUUUUUUAGAAUAUUUAGAUUAAAUUUAACUUUAAGAAUAAUAAUAAUAAUAAUAAUAGUAAUAAUAGUAAUAAUAUUAAUAAUAAUAAUAAUAGUAAUAAUAAUAAUAAUAAUAAUAAUAAUAAUAAUAAUAAUAAUAAUAAUAAUAAUAAUAAUAGUAAUAGUAAUAAUAAUAGUAGUCGGCACUUUAGUAAAUGUCAAAUAUGAAAAAAAAAGUUCUAAAAUCUAUAAAUAAGUUUAGAGUAAAAAGUUAAGAUGAUUCUUAACCUAUUAUAGAUUAAGAAAGUCAAUCUUUAAAACAUUCAAAAAGAAUAAAAUAAAUUUCAAAAUUGAUGAGAGAUGAUAGUAUAGCCUUUUAUGAUGCAAAUGUUCCUUUAGGGAAAGCCUUAAAAUAAUCUCCAAGUGAACUUUUACCAUCAGAUCCUGUAGUAUAAGCAAUAAAAAAAAAUGCAAAUAAAAGAUGUUAUAAAAAAGGAUUGAAUAGAAAACAACUACCAAAUGUAGAAGUUGAAUUAGGAAACCCAAAUUUCUUAGAGUUGAUAAAAAUUCAGUCUUAAGAAUUACUUAAUCUUUAUAGUCAAGAUGAAGUUUACUGUAUUUGUAGACAAGGGGGAGAAUCAGCAAUUUCAGAUUUUUAAAUCAUAAAAAGUUUGCAUGAUAAUAAUAUUUAAUUAUUCCAUUAAUAAUGUUUAAAAUAAUAAUAGUAAGUUAAAUAUAUGAUAUAGUGUGACAAUUGUGAAGAAUGGUAUCAUUAUGAAUGUAUGGGAAUUAAAAAAUUAAAAGAAUAAUAUUAGGAUAAGUACAAUUGCAGAAGUAAAUAAUAAUAAUACUAUUUUAGUUUGUUUGAUGAAACUCAAUAUUCAAUUUUUAAUUCUGAAUGAGGAUUUUUGGGAUUCGUGUUUAGAUCCAUAAUCAGAACUUUAUGAUAGUUAUUAAAAAUAAAAGUAAAUAUUAGAAAAAAACAUAUUACCUAAUUCAGGAGAUUAUAUUUAUUCUUAAUUCUAAUUACCUACAGUAGAAGAAUUUAAAGAUUUUCUAAAUAUUGGUAAAAAUUUACCAGCAUAACUUAUUGAACUUGAAUUACUUGAAUUGCUUUAAUAAAAAAUAGAUUAAUGGUUAAUUUGUUAUGAUGAUUUAAAAAACAUGACAUUACCAUAAUUGAUUUCAUUAUAUGCAGAAAGUGAAUGGUUUCCAUUACAUUUGCCUUAAAGAAAGAUUCUUUUAUCACUUAUUUGUCAAAAAGAAUUCUUAUCAACUGCAAAUGAAUUAUUGCAAAGUAGGGCAACUUUUAAAACUAAAUAAUUAAAAAAACCGUAAUUAGAUAGAACAGAAUAACUUUAUGCAUAUGUAAAAGAAAAAUAUCCUGAAUUAUUAUAAGAUAUAGAUGAAUAAAUUAUUAAAACAAUAUAAAUGUUAAGAAUUUAAUAGGAUUUGAAUAAUUAACUUUAAUAAUAAUUGAAAUAAUAAUCAACUUUAGAAUAAUACGAUUAAUUAGCAAUUUAAUAUGAAAAAGAAAUCAAACUCUAAAUUUAAAAAACUGACAUCAAAUUUUCAUUACCAAAAUUAAAUGAAUUAAGAUUAUAGAUUACAAAGAUUCAACAAUGGAAUUAAGAAAUACUUGCAAUAUUUAAAGAUAUUGAUGAUAUAUAUACAUCAAAUGUAAAUUUUAAUAUUAAUUAAUUAGCCCAGUUAAUAAUUUUAUGAUAAUAAACCAAAUUUCUCUGAAGUUUAGGUAAAAUUAAAAGAAUAUGAAAUGAUAACUAUUAAAGUUCCAAAUUUAUGUUAUGAUUUUCUCAAAGCUAUUCAAUCCAAAGCUGAAGAUAUAAUUAUUAAGAUUGAUACUAAUAUAUCUUAAUUAUCAUUUGAUGAAUAGUUUGAAUUGUUUAAAUCAGCUUAUUAAUUGAAAUGCAAAAUUCCUUAAUUUAAGGAUCUAACUAAUUAGUAAAAAUAUAAAAUUUAAAAUUAGUUUUAAUAAAGAUAUUCAAAUGAGAGUACUUCAAUGGCUUUAAGUAGGAUUAUAUUGA